GGCGUCCUGUGUGUGGAUGCCUGCCUGUGUGUUGGAUGUGUGUGUGUGGGUUGAGUGUGACACAUGAGUUGCGACUCAAAAGGAGUUGGGGGGCCGCUGGAAGAGAGAGACAGAGAGAGAGCGAGAGAAGGGGAGGGAGGGAGGGAGAAAGAAAGGGAGGAGGGGGAAAAUAAGCCAUUUUUUCCCCAAGCCCGCCAUACCAAGUUGCAUCUAAACCCACCACCAGCCUUAUUGAUUCUGCAAAAACGGAACAUUUUCUCCCCCCUCUCUUUCCUCUUAGCUUAUCCCCCCUCUCCUUUCCUUCCCACACCCAAAAAUAACUGGGCUUUUUCCCCACCACGUUUCCUUAUUCACUGGGCCACCGAAAUAGAAUCAGAAACUUUUUAUUAUAUUUGAAGAAUCUGUCCAAAGUUUCCCCGGUGUGUGAGGUUUUUUUUCUCUCUCUCUCCCCCCCUUUCUCUUUCCCUCCCACCUCCCGGGACUUCCUCCCUCCUCCCUCUUUGGACCUACCCAACAUUUUGAGCAAAAGGCAUCAUCCCCAGCCAUGAACAAGCUCUACAUCGGGAACCUCAACGAGAACGUGACUCCCGCGGAUUUGGAGAAAGUCUUCAACGACCACAAGAUUUCCUUCUCGGGCCAGUUCCUGGUGAAGUCUGGCUACGCCUUUGUCGAUUGCCCAGAUGAGCAAUGGGCCAUGAAAGCCAUCGAAACUUUUUCGGGGAAAGUGGAGCUGCAUGGAAAACAGCUUGAGAUUGAACACUCAGUACCUAAAAAGCAAAGGAGCCGGAAAAUUCAGAUUAGAAAUAUUCCCCCUCAACUACGAUGGGAGGUUUUGGAUGGAUUGCUAGCCCAGUAUGGUACUGUGGAAAACUGUGAACAAGUGAAUACAGACAGCGAGACAGCGGUUGUCAAUGUCACCUACUCCAACCGAGAACAGACCAGGCAAGCCAUCAUGAAGCUCAAUGGACACCAACUGGAAAAUCAUGCACUGAAGGUUUCCUACAUCCCUGAUGAACAAACUGUGCAGGGCGCAGAGAAUGGGCGUCGAGGAGGUUUUGGGAACCGGGGUGCCCCCAGGCAAGGUUCUCCUGUGGCUUCAGGAGCCCCUGUGAAGCAACAGCCAGUAGACAUCCCCCUCCGACUUCUUGUUCCCACCCAAUACGUGGGAGCUAUUAUUGGCAAAGAAGGUGCCACCAUCCGCAACAUAACCAAGCAGACACAAUCUAAAAUUGAUGUGCACCGGAAGGAAAAUGCUGGGGCAGCAGAGAAAGCAAUAAGCAUCCAUUCGACCCCAGAAGGCUGCUCUGCUGCUUGCAAGAUGAUCUUGGAAAUCAUGCAGAAAGAGGCAAAGGAUACUAAGACUGCUGAUGAAGUGCCUUUGAAAAUCCUAGCCCAUAACAACUUUGUGGGACGUCUGAUUGGCAAAGAGGGCCGGAACCUGAAGAAGGUGGAGCAGGACACAGAGACAAAGAUCACAAUCUCCUCGUUGCAGGACUUGACACUGUAUAACCCUGAAAGAACCAUCACAGUCAAGGGCUCAAUUGAGAACUGCUGCCGAGCUGAGCAAGAAAUCAUGAAGAAAGUGAGGGAAGCCUAUGAGAAUGAUGUGGCAGCUAUGAGUCUACAGUCGCACCUGAUACCUGGCCUCAACCUAGCUGCUGUUGGCCUCUUCCCUGCCUCUUCCAAUGCAGUGCCACCUCCUCCAAGUAGUGUUUCUGGGGCAGCACCAUACAGUUCCUUUCUGCCUCCUGAGCAAGAAACAGUGCACGUCUUUAUCCCUGCCCAGGCUGUGGGUGCGAUCAUUGGCAAGAAAGGGCAGCAUAUCAAGCAGCUUUCCAGAUUUGCAAGUGCCUCUAUCAAGAUUGCUCCUGCAGAAACACCAGAUUCAAAAGUGCGAAUGGUGAUAAUCACUGGACCACCAGAAGCCCAAUUCAAGGCUCAAGGACGAAUUUAUGGAAAGCUUAAAGAGGAGAACUUUUUUGGGCCCAAAGAAGAAGUGAAGCUGGAAACCCAUAUCCGAGUCCCUGCUUCAGCUGCAGGGAGAGUCAUUGGAAAAGGAGGCAAAACGGUCAAUGAGCUGCAGAACCUGACGGCAGCCGAGGUUGUUGUCCCACGGGACCAAACCCCCGAUGAGAAUGAGCAAGUCAUUGUCAAGAUCAUCGGGCAUUUCUAUGCCAGCCAGAUGGCGCAACGCAAAAUACGUGAUAUCCUCGCUCAGGUGAAACAGCAGCAUCAGAAGGGACAGAACAGCCAGACACAAGCGCGAAGGAAAUAGGAAUUUGCUUUACCCCGGUGUGUGAGAGAAAAAGAGAGAGUGAGAGAGAGAGAAAGAGAGAGAGAGAGAUGGACAAACGAACGAAUGAACGACAUUGACAACGGAUGAAACAAAGCCAAGCAGAAAGAGUGAUGAGCUGAUGCAGGAACCCUAAGAGUGGCUGGGAAUCAGUUUACCAUAGGCGGGUAUUAGGAAUUAUUUUUUGUAGACGGGUGACAACGUCUCUUAAGCCAAAGCAGUUGUGAUUGGCUCCUCAGGCAUGCUUUCUGUGUGUGCAUGCGCAUGUGUCUCUUUGCAUAUGUGCAUGUAAACCACACACAGAUAUAUAUGUUAGGGGUGAAUCAUGGAUCAGCCAAUUGGGUAAAAGAAUUCUAAUCCAACCCCAUAGUCUGAAAAACGCUGUGCAGUCUUUCUGAGAUUGUCCAGUGGGGCAGGAAUGGUCACACAUGCAAUUUGCUGUGCCUUUACCAGAAAAGGGCAGAGAAAAGGAGUAUUUGGAAACCUUCAACACUUCCUGGCCUCAAUGCAAAUAGUUCAAGGUUUUAUUUGGACAUCCAAUACCACCACACCCCAUCACCAAAGAAAGCAUUCGGUUUUCCCGUUGGCAAGGGAAGGAAAUUGAGGAGGACCAGAUUUUUGAGAGUAGUCUUCUCAAGUUUCUUGUCCUCCAAGUUUGUUAGCCAGGAUGGCUAAAGAUGAUGGGGAUUGUAGUCCAGCACAUUAGAAGGGCACAUGUUUGGAGAAAUCUUUCGCAUCGAGUUCCAGGGAAACAAUAAUCUUAAAUUAUUUUUGGUGCCUAUGCUAUGACAACGAUGAAAACCAGUGUAAUGUUGUACAAACAGGUUAUUUGAUUUUUUUCUCCCAGUAACCAUGCCUCCACAAAGAUCGGCUGUAUAAUAUUUUGACCUCAACUACCCAAUAUGUGCUGUACCAGAUACCUUAGCUGCCAUGGUCUCUGUAGUUAAAUCAGUCUACAGAUAUGAUUGCAAAGUAGAAUUUGUCAGUACAGACACCUCACCAAACUAUAUUUCUUUAGUCUGCAGUUUUAUAACUGUUCAUCUGGGAUUGAGGGUGUGUCUACACUGUAGAAAUAAUGCAGUUGGCAUCACUUUAACUGCCAUGGCUCAUUGCUAUGGAAUCAUGGGAGUUGUAGCUUUUCAAGGUCUUUAGCCUUCUCUGCCAAAAUGUGGCACUAAAUUACAAAUCUCAGGAUUCUAUAGCCUUGAGCUAUGGCAGUUAAAAUGAUGUCAAACUGCCUUAAUUCUGCAAUAUAGAUGCAUCAAUGGAACUUACUUCUGAGUAGGCAAAUACAGGAUUAUAGUGUUAGAUGGAUUUUGCCGUAAAUUGGACCAGUUCCCUUGAAACAUUCGCUUUUACCUUUGUCAGGCAAAGUGUUCAUAUUAAUUAAAAAUCAAGAAAUGAAUAAAUAUCCAACAAGGUACAAAUCCUGGUGGAAUACGAUGUUACACUGUUGAAGAAAGGCAGAAAUUGUUGCAUGUGUAUCAGUUUUUCUACCCUUCAGCCCCAGGCAAAACUUUUUAAAGUGUAGGUUGGAUCUAGAGGGGUUUUCCUCCAGUGUUAGAAACUUCUGUCCCACCAAAGGCAUUUGAGUUUAAUUUUUUAGUAGGAGGCUCAUCCAGUUCUUUUAAAAUGUAGUAAUCCAAGUCAGAUUUUAGUCUUAAAAUGCAGGUAUGGCUCAACCAAUUUUUAAUUGAUUUUUAAAAAAGGGAUAUGGUAAUUUCACCUUAUUUUUUUAGAAAGAUUUUUUCAACUCCAAUGUCCUUCUUCUCUUUUGCAGGUUUACACUUUAAGGUAGUUGUUCAGACCACAGCAGAAUACCCAUCCCAAACAUGCAUCUCUCAGCACCCAUCCCUAAAACAUCCAUAUGCAUCUCAGGGUUUCUGUGUUUGCCUAUGGUUUGCACACGCAUUGCAUGAUUUGAGCAUUCUGCUACUUAUCUUUCUGAAUAGCCAUCUCCUUCCUGCCCCAUGUUCUGCUUAAAAGAAGCCACAACUGCCAGCUGCCUUUCUAGUAAUGACCUCUUGUUGUUACUUUUGUGUGUGAGCUUGGACAUGUUACAUUUGAAAACUCCAAUUCCCAGAAUCUCCUAGUCAGCGUGGCCAUUGGUGAUUCUAGGAGCUGUAGUUCAAAAAUGAAUAUUUCCAAACUGGUUCAUUAUUUGCAGGCAUAUACCAUUAAAUAUGUUACUUUUUAAAACUACAACUCCUAGAAUCCCUACUGGCCUUGUUGACUAGGGGUUUUUGGGAGUUGUAGUUCCAAAAAAAGGUAGGAUUUCCACACUCUCGCUUCUGCCAUUUGAUGGUAUAUGCCCAGAGGCAGCUUGAGAAGGCAGUUUAUUGAUGGGGGCUGCCCUCAGGAUACAGCAAGGAAGUGAGCCAAUUGCCCCCUUCUGCUUUUGGUUGCCCAUUCCCAAGGCUACCUCUGUAACCUGCAUCCAUUACCUCUUAGGCUUGAUCUACAUUGCGAAAUAAUUCACUUUGAACUGCAUUAUAUGUGUCUAUAUUGACCAUGUAUUGUAAUGCAGUUCAAGAUAGAUGAUAUGACAGUGUAGAUUCAACCUUACUAAAUUAACAGGGAGCCAUUGAUUGCUUGACUUUUGUGGAGUGGUGAGGUAGUUGAGCAGGGUGAAAUUGUUUGCAAAACUUAUUCAGAUAUCCCUCAGAUCACUUGCCCUCCAUGAUUCUUGAUGGCCCAGGCUGUGAGCUGGAAGUCUCCCCAAAUUUUCCUUUUGUAAGAUGACAGUUGUCUAGAAUGGUCAGGGCUUCUAGGCAUUUCAGAGACCUCUUUCCUCCAUCACAGUGGUUCUCUACUUCUGGAGGUUUGGGGGGAGAGGAACCCCACUUGGUGACUGAAAGAGUUCUUGAAGAGGCAGAAGCUCUUACUAUUUUAGAUAUAAUGUCUCUCUACCUUUAUAGGAACCUCAUAGACAUACCAAAAAGAAGAAAUGCUUGCCUUGAUCCAGAGAUGGUUCAAGAAUGUAAUCUACAGCACAGGUGGAUAUAUUGCUCAGGGAUCUUGUGAUCUUAUUUGCUCAUUCUCCACUUACUGCUUGAGCGAUUGUCUCCUCUACGGAACAGAUUUUUCUGCAUUCAAAUGGGAAUCAAGAAUGGUGCAUACGAUUGCAUUCUCUGGAUCAAGGCAAAUGUCUUCCUGAUAGAUCAUAACUACCUGCUUUGAAUGGCUGAUUUGGGGACUUACAGUGCAAUCCUACACAUUGAACAUAAUAUCUCAGUUGGACUUAACUCCUAUUAAGUAUGUAUAGGAUUUCACUGUUGAGUGCCUGAUUCCCUAGUUUAUAAUUCCUGCCAGGGUACCACUAUAGGAAGCAACCUAAUGUGUAUUAAAAAAAAACCAGGGAGAGGAGAUCUAAAGAUUAUGUUUUAAAUUAAUACUUUUAGGGAUGAUUGGAUUGUGUUUGGGGAUUUGAGGAAAAAAAUGAAAAUGGGGGGGGGGGGGGAGGGAAGUAAGAUUAAUCUGAAAGUAACUUCUUACAAAUUGGUUUGAUGUUAAAUAAAUACCCCCCCUUUUCUAAUUUUGGAAGUAGGAAAAAAAUCUGCCAGAAAAUAUUGAGUGUCUUUAUGAGGCGAUACCAAAUAUAGACAUCAGAAGAAUGUAAUCUGGUUACUGAUCCCAGUCACUCUUAUGUGAGCUUUUAAAAGAAAGAAAAAAUGAUGAAAAUGUAUAUACAGUGGAUUUGUAUUUUGCGGAGGACGAGAAUUGUUUACCUGUCAGCCUGUGCACAGGACAAAGUUUUAUCUCUGCGUUAAAAUAGGCUUCAGUCUUGUUAAUAUGUAUUUUUUCCUCCAGGGUGUACCAGAGAGCUUUGAACUCAGAUAAACCCAAUGCUAAUUCUUCAAUUUGGACCUAAAACGAAACUGCACUACUAUUGUCAAGAGUAUGUGAUAAUAUCUUUCCCAACUCCCCCCCCCCCCUCAAAAAAUUUUUAAAGCCUGCAAACCUGGUUCAGUGUCAUGUUGCAUGAGAGCUGGACAAUCUAUUGAGACACAUAAAUAAUUUGUGUUGGGGGAAGUGCCAUGUCUACGCCAGGCAGUUUGCAUGGUGGGCAUGGAUAGAGCUAGGGAUAGUUGCUUUGAGGGCUACAGCUCUUAGUGGCUUUGCUGCCACAUAGAUUUGGGGUGUUUCAAAGAUCUGGAAAUGGGUAACUGCUUGGCUAAAGUAGUUGUUCCAUACCCUGGUCAGAUGGCAGUUCACGCAACCUUCUUAAAUUGAUGAAAAUAAUCACAUCGGAGGGUUUUCAUAUCAUUUGGAAGCUGCUGUGACUGCCUGUUUGAUUUGAAUAUAGAUAUUCUGGAUUAAAUUGAUUUCUGGGUCUCAAGCUCUCUUACUGGAGGUCAAAUUCUGUUGAAAUGAUCCAACAUUGGCCUAAUGCUUAAAUUACAGAGUAGCCAAACAUUUGAGGCUAAUGAUCUCAAGUGGAUUGCUAACUAUAUGAGUUUAAGAUCAUGUCUUCACUCUUAACAGAUGAAAUUUUGCAUUAUAAGAAGGAUUGGAAAUAAGGAUCUCACAGGGCGAAGCAACCCUGUUCACACUGAAAUUGAAAUACAUACAUAUAUUUGUAAACUAGCAGAGAAAGACUUUUGUUCUGAUUUAACAUCGAUUAUGUCCAGGUUUAACCAAGAUAAUUGAAACUGGGUCAAUGUGUCCCAUUGAAAAAGACUUGGGAUCCAAGUUGGGCUGUAUGACACCAUGCCCAUGAAGUUCCAAAGUAUUUCCAUGUGCCUAAUACUCAACUGAAAUACCUUUGAAUUUAGACUAAAGUGGCUGCAUGGAUUUUGCUGUUUUACUCUGAAACAGUUACUGUCCUUUUUAUGCCUUGCGACCAAGAGAUGUGUGCAGAAAAGGUCAGGCAAUGCUGUGUGAUUUUAAGGGAAAGGAGGAAAGAAAAAAGAAAUGAGAGAAAAAUGGGGGGAAAGAAGCUACCUCAAGGUAUGAACUUACCUCAGCAAUUGUUUUGUUUUUGGGCUUGCUGAUAUUUUAUAUAAAAGCUGAUAGUCUUGAAUAUUUUAUUUUUUUAAUGAAAAGAGAAGUUAAGUUUCAUAAUUUCUUAUGAGCCAGAAAUUGUUAUGCAGGUCGGCAGUGUUAUGAGCUCUCUAUGGAGAACGACAGAGACUUUUCAGACGUAGCGGAAAAGAUGGCGGAUUUCUCUCACCUGCCCUCCCCACCCUCCACACCAUCCCAAAAAGUUUUACUUUUCAUCCCUUCAGUACAACAAUUUAAUGUUAUAAUUAUACCCCUAAAGAAUAUGGCCAAUUUAUAACUUGCACAUUUUGUUUGCAGUGUCCAAGUUGUUAAGAUCGCUGUGAUAACACAGUCUCCACAAACUAUGUGUAAACGUUACACAACUGGCUGCAUUUUAUGUAUACUUAAUUAGAAGUUAGGAUGAGUUUACGUGAUCAGUUUAAAUCAGGCACGGGCAAACUUCAGCCCUCCAGGUGUUUUGGACUUUAACACCCACAAUUCCUAACAGCCGGCAGGCUGUUAGGAAUUGUGGGAGUUGAAGUCCAAAACACCUGGAGGGCUGAGGUUUGCCCAUGCCUGGUUUAGAUGACUGUCCUCUUUGGUUGCUUAUCCAAAUUGAAAUGCAGACCUCUUGUUUCUCUGUAUCUGGAUUAUCAGUGUUUACUCAUGUGUUCUAUUCCAAAACUGGGUGUAUUUGGCACUAGGUGUUGCUGAAGUGCCAUUUGCUCAGAAAAUGGCAGUAUAGCAACAAAAUACCUCCUCUCAAAACAGCUGGUCCUUUAUGUUAUCGAAGGCUUUCAUGGCCGGUAUCACAGGGUUGUUGUGUGUUUUCUGGGCUGUAUGGCCAUGUUCCAGAAGUAUUCUCUCCUGACGUCAGGAGAGAAUACUUCUGGAACAUGGCCAUAUAGCCCGGAAAACACACAACAACCCAGCUGGUCCUUUGUUGACUCUCUACAGUAGGGAGAAAUGUAUCUCUUCAGCACUAUGUGACUGAGUAUUUUUUUUCAUGUUCACAAGCAACCAUGUCAAAGGACAAUCAGAGAAAGACAGAGAAUGGCAUUCUUUUAUUGCCUAAACUCAUCCGCUGCAUUGAACUCAAGUAUGUUUGGGAUGCUCAGAAGCCAGCUUGUGGGACUGCUUGUUAUGAACCACCUUGUGAAGAAGCUCAGCCAACACUUGACCUUGCAAAUAUUUGGCCCUCUUUUCCGCUAUGGUGCUGUGAAAUAUUUUACAAAGAUUACCUCCGUUUUACUGAGGAGAAGCAGUCCAUUUUUAAAAAAGAAAAGAAACGGGAGCCAAAUUUUGGUGUGGCUUUUUGUACAUUCUCAAGGACAAGAUGCAACCCUAGCUGCCACUCUUUGAAAGGUCUGUGGGUUUUCUUUUUAAUAUAUAUAUUUUUAAAAGUCACAUUUGCUAUGCUAUACUUCAUUGCACUUGGAGCAGAUAAACCUCUCUGAAUGUAACUUGUCAGAGGUCAGUGGUUUUAAAAUUAGUUCACAAGGGGCCAACUUGGCAUUGAUCCUGGCCAGAUUCAGGGUUCUUGAGAGAAGCUGUUAUUAGGCCUUUUAAUGUAUACUGUUCUUUUUUUAAAAACAAGUAUCCCUUUUCUGUACAGAUUGGAUGUAGAUGGGAGAGGUGCAGAAACCCCAAACCCCUGAUUCCAGAGCCAUUAAAAUGUACAAGUUUUCCCUUUGACACCAAACAGAGUUAGACAAAUGGGUUUCUAAUCUCCUUUUCCUGGCUGGAAAACCUUGAAACAGAUAAUAGUUGUUUUGUGGGUGAGGUUUAGGCCCUUUAUAAGCAUAAAAAGUUAUGAGAUGCUCUCUGUUAGGAAAAAAACCCAAAAAUGGAUAAUGAAUUGUGAAGGGAAGGAGAAGAGAGUGUUGCUUCAAAUUAAUUAAUUGUUUUUUACAUUCAGAAAAAAUUGAUGAAUGUGUGUACGUGUGUCAGGGGGAGAAAUCUAGUUCUUUAAAAAUCUCUUGACUUCUCUUGCUUUUAAUACAGACUUGCAUAAAUCAGUUACUUUAAAUAAUUAUUAUUCAGACAUCAGCCAUAGCAAAUAAGGUGCUUUCCAACAGCAAGCAAUAUUUUGGUGUUUGGUUCAAAUUGUAUCCUUUAAAGGGGUGGAUGAAAAGACAUUCUCCCCACCUUACCCCCAGUGCUAUUAAAAUCAAAUUGUUACUUCGCUCUCUAAAAAAUUCUAGUCAAAUGCAUCAAAGUUGGGAUGGGACUGGGGACCUCUGGCAUUUUUCAAAUGAGCAUAAGAUUUAACUAUCAGUUUCAAAAUCCUGACUUUGGUGCUGGAGUUGUCAUUGCCAGAGCUUUUUGGAACGACGGCUUCCAUAGUCCUCCAGGCGGUGUGACAGCUACCGGCCAUAGUGACUGGGGAACUUGAGAGUUGUCGUUCCCCAAAUUAAUAUUUCUAAACUGUGCCCUGUGCGAGCUAUUAAUAUCCAUCCAAAUUCCAUGUAUAGUACUUGGGGAACUGAAACUAGUGUUGCCAGCUGUGGAGGAUGUAUUAGGUUUAAAGAAUUUACUUAGCUAUCAGCGAUAGGUGAUGGCAGUGACUAUUAGACAUUGCAGUGAUAGAUUGCUGUCCAAAACUGGCAAAGCUAUUAAGAGUGGGAUUUUUUUUGUUUUGUCUUUGGCUUGCUUUCAGACUUUAAAAAAACCCCUGCACAGUCAUUGGAAUUAUGUCAAACCAUGGCUUGUCUUUGAUCUGGCAUUUUUAGCACUAAAUUGUAGGGUUAGUGCAGGAUUUUUGAUGCUUUAAAUGUUCGCAGUAGGAACUUUUCUUGGGUGCUUUAUGUUUUGGAAACAUACCUGAGCUUGCAAAAGUUACUUCUUUGGAUCACAGCUCCCCAAAUAUCUGUGCUGUCUUGCGUAAUUGGAGAGCUUUCAUUCAGAAAAGUUGCUCUCCCAAGCUCUGUGCCAUAAGGGUCUUUCAGAUUUCCUGCAUUCAAGUCUUUAUUUGAGGUCGGAAUGGGGCCGAAUUUGCUCCUCUUGGCAUGCUACUGCUGUCUCCUGCAGUCUGAUUGAGUUCUUCUUCUUACUCUUUUGAAUUUCAAAAAAGGGGCAGAAAGGAUAUUGGCAGGAGCUAUUGUUGACUUAGAACUCCCCAUCUCACCUUCAGCCUGAUGCUCUCCUAAGUUGAUGUCAGCCUUCUCUGAUUGGACACCCUCCAUAUACAUUGGGCUACAAAUUUUACCAUCCCUAGUUGGCAUCAUUGUUUGACUGAACUGGCCAAUUAUGAUAAGGAUUGUAGCCUGAGAUGUGGGAUGUCACUAACAGGAUGUCAUCCAAUUUCAGAGAUGGGCAAUACGCAGCUUGCAAGCUACAGGUAUCUUCUUUGGUUUUGGAAACCACUGAAACCCCAUCCCCACAACACAGGCACACACUGAAAACCCUUUUGCUUUGAAAAGGGCACGGAGGACCUUCUUUUACAAAAUUAAAAACAUUUUAAUCACACUGCUCAAGGAAAGAUUCCCCAUGGGCCUUUUUUAAAAGCAAAAGUGCAGAGGGAAUUUGUCACAAUGAUUAAAUUUUGUGACAAAGUAGAGGAUGAGCAUUCAGGUAGGUAUGGAGCUGCCACUGAACCCCCCUGAAAUCCUAGAAAUUGCCUGGCCCUAAACAAAGGUAGGAAUCAUGUGGUCCUCCAAAUGUUGAGCCACAAUUCUUAGCAUUCUCAGUAUUGGCUAUACUGGCCUGCAAAACAGCAGCACAUGAUAAAUGCUGUAAUAUAGCAUUCUUUAAAACUUAAGUUUAAAUUUUCCUCUUGUUAACUUGAUCAUCAUCUCCACUCACAGAGCACAGGAGGCAGUGGUACAUGAAAAGAAUGAGCCAGCACAUUGAAACUUCUAACAGCUAAUAGGUUUUGGCAGAUUUAAUUUGGGCCCACACUUUGGUUCUCUUUGGACCAAAUAUGGAGUAUGUUUAAACAUCAUGGGGACAGUUUUACUUUGAUGAUUUUAAAAAAUUGCAACAUCUGUUGGCUUACUAGGUUAGCCAGAAUCAUAACCCACUUGAAAGUAUUGGCUUGUUCAAGAGAAAGGCAAAACCUUUGUUUAGCUUGCUUUAAAAUUAAAAGAAGAAUACUAGGAUUUAGAUCCAAAGCCAUGAGGAGAAUAAAUCAAAGGAAUUGUAGGAAUUCAAAGCCAUUUAUCUGAACAGACUUUGGAAAGAUUAGAUAAAAUCAGGCCUUUUCUUUCUUGUAUAAAAAGAUUUGUGCCAGAUGUAGAUUUUUUAUGGCUUAUCAAAGAGGAAAAAAGAAAACUGAACUGUAGGAGGCUGUGUCAUAACUUUAUUGCUUUGAGGAUACGAAAGUGUUUACUAGCUAUGGAAUUUACACAUGCAGAAACUACCUCAAACUUAACAGUAAGUUUUUCAAAUCAGGGUGUGCAUAUGAGUGUGUGUAAUUGUUUAAGAGAGAGAAUGAUUACCAUCCAUUCUGAGACUGUAGCUUCACAUAAGCCUUGAAGAAGAAAAUGGUCCAGGGGCCAUUCACUACAUAGUUAUAAUGUUAUUCCACUUUAACAUCCAUGAUUCUAUCCUCUGAAGUCUUGAGGUUUGUAUUUUGGUGAGACACAAGAAUGGUCUGGCUGAGAAUUCCAAGUAUGGCUCCCAAAACUUCCAGUUCCAGGAUUGCAUUGGACAGAACCAUGGCAGUUAAAGUGGAAUCAUACCACUAUAAUUGUGCAGCAUAGAGGAGGAUCCUCUGUUAACUCCUUUCCAUAAGUAAGAUGGUAACCUUAAGAAAGAAUUUAUGGGUAGCGUCUGCAGUGGGGCUGGUGGCUUAUGCAGUUGGGCUAGAACUUGCUUUUCCUUCCCACAACUGUCCUGCAAUGUCCAAUCUUUCACUUUAGUAGUGGUGCAGUAGGAUCCAGUAAGCCCACUUUGAGUAAAGAGGUUCAACCACAUCUUAGUUCAUUCCUAGUGAAUUCAACACAUAUUAAGUUCUGCAACAAGGAAAAUCUAUAUUGAUCAAGUGGAAACAACAAAAAAUUUAAUUUUGGCACUGGUUUCAUCCGGUGACUUUGCACCUUGACUUGAUGAUUGCUGUGAGCUAGAAUUGUGCCUGUUCUCACUUAACGUCUUUGUUUUGUGGAAGCUGGACUUGUAGGCCAAAGUAGAUUGGCGCACAAGCUGCUGCUUUAUAACCAAAUCAGGCCAAUCUGUAUAAAUUAGUAGUAUCUGUACUGACUGGCAGCUGCCCUUCAGGAUUUUGGAUAGUGCUCCUGACAAGACUAGAUCAAACAAAAGAUGGAAUCUUGGAUGUGUUACAGAUAAAACAUACACUCUUUUGCUGAGCUGUGCUUUUCCCCAUUUCCCCUUAUGGGCUCAUCUAAUUAAUAAGCUGUGCCUUUCCCCAGUUUUUUAUACUUUAGAAGAUAAAUAUCAAUUAUUAUAUAUUCCUCCCAGCUUAGACUAUGUAGAACAGCACUGCCAGAUUAUUGUGGCAGUAAAGCAGAAAUAAUUAAAAGGCUCAGUUUACAUUGGCAGGGGAAUUAGAUCAUCAGAUCUCUAGGUAAAUAGAUAACCUAGGGAAUCUGGUUCCCUUAGUGACCUCUAGUCCAGGGUCCAUAACCCCCCAUAUCAUCUUGUUCAGUAAAGUGAGACCAGAGCAAAUCUGCCAAUCUCUUGACAGAUACACUUGCAAGCCAUUGACUGUGAUAAUGCUCAUCAGUCAGAAGCACUGCCACCAUCACUGAAAGGGAAGGGGAGCCAUCUAAUUAUGGGAAAUGGGUUGUUGACGAGGAGAAGAAUAUUUUUAAAUAGCAAGCAUUCUAAAGAAAUUCUGCACCAGCUUCUAAUCUCUGUGAUUAGGAGAUGCAGUAGCUGGUAACAAUUGAACAGCACAGUCCUAUGCAUUCUUCUUUCCACACACUGAUAUUACCUUGACAUAAGUCCUAAAAAGUUAAAUGGGUUUUUACUUCAAUGUAAAGUCUAUACAGAAUUGUGCCUUUAAGAUCCAGUCCAGGAAGUUCUCCUGCAUAAGCCUCAAAGAAAUGCAUGGAAGAUGUGAAUAAGCACUGUCAAUAUGGUUUGCUUAGGGGGCUUCUAGUAAUUUCUGCGAUUCUGAAUUUGAUUCUGAUUUGCUUCAAGUUGAGAGUGACUUUGAUUGAUAGCACGAUCCCUUCCAGUUUUAAAUCAAGGUAAGAUUUUCAGGGAGCUGGAUUCUGCUGCACCUAAAUCUAGCAGAAGGAAUCAUUUUGAUCUGCAGACCCCUCAGAAGAGAUGUGAAUGUAGUUGAUCUUGAUUUCUGUUUCUGUGGGAAACAGAACUGGAAGGAUCCUGAGGUAUUUUGGACAGGCAUGCAGCAGGCAGUUUGUUCUGGGGCAUUGUGCCAAGAAGGCAUUUUCUGUCACCAUGUUACAGGAUCUGAAAUUGUUGAUAAUCAGCAGGUUUUCCGGAAGGUCCAUUUAGCUGAUGUAUUAUUAUAUGCCCCAAACUCACCUAAAUUGGUUCACAGCUGUUCCAUUAUGAUUUGUUAGUGAUAGCAGAACUUGGACAAGUUACCUCUUUAGACCAGAAUCCUUUUGGUUGCUCAUUCUGGUGUACCUUCUUAUGCAUUAGUUUUGUCCAGCUGUAAAACAGCAACUGGAUAGUGUUGCCACAGUUGCUCUUUUGAUCCAAAUCACAAUUGAUUGGCUGAUGAGGAGGUUGCUGGGAGAGCUGAAUGACACCAUGAGCCAGCUGAGAGCUGUUGUCCUCUCAGAUCUUUCUGCAACCACACUAGCAGAGCUUUGUGUUCCUUCAACAUUAAUAGGACCUUGGUCUCAGACUACACCUACCAGAACCAUCAGCUGCCAUGGGCACACUCUAUGCUGGUUGGGAAGUUCUGAGACUUACAGACCAAAUAGGUAAUUGCUCCAAUCUCUAGUACACCAAAAAUAGGAAAACUUUGGCAAGAAGAAGAAUGGGCAACUGUAGCGCUUUAGAUGUUUUUGGACCAUAACUUCCAUCAGCCCUAGCCAGCAUAUCCAACAAUAUGGGGUAAUUGAAGUUUCCAUUCUUCUGACAACUAGAAGGCCACAAGUUGCACACCCGUGAAAUUGGGACAGACCAUAUUUACCCAGUAGUACUUUAGAACAUGCAUUUGAACCAUAAUGGGAGCUGGUAGUUUAUAACAUUUUGGUCCUUUGUUGAUCUUUCUCCAAAGAUCUCUACUAAGAAGGAAGGCAGGGCAAAAGCCUUACAACAAGCUUAUGUGCAUACAUCAUGGUUUAUCAUUUGGUAAACAACUGUGUGGUUUGGUUUGCAUAGCCAAGCUCCGUUGUCUUUUUUAAAAGGCAAACCUAAACCAACAGCAACACCCCCAUAGAAGUCUAUGUAAAUCCUGCUGCUUUGCCCUCUACUGCAGAUGUUUUUUUUUCUUAAAAAACAAACAAACAUUUGACCUAUUCAAAGAUGAAUACCUCUGAUUUGCAGGAAAUGAAGAGGGUUUUUUUUUGCAAGAUGGAUUCAGAUUCAAUACAAUUGGCUGUUUUCCCAGUUCAGUGAUGUGGCCACUUAAAAUGUGGACCAUGUUAUUUCUCACACAUUUAGGAAAGAUUAUCUCUUCAUUUGAAGUAUAGUUACCAGAAAUUUCUCAGCCAAUAUGCUUCAUGACCAUGCUGCCUAGUAGAUUUUUGGAGUUGUGGUCCCCCCAAAAAAAAGGUUUCCAAGAUCUGCUGCUUUUAGACUAGUUGGAAGGCUGUGUGCAUAAACAACGGUACAUGCUAAAAGGAGAAAGUGGCUGACAAAGUCCAAAAGUAGAGCAGACCCAUUCAAUCCAUUGUUGAGUGAUGAGUCAACAUAUACAUAAAUCUAAUGACUUAAAUGGGUCAUAUCAAAUCAAGACUAAAAGGGAAUUUAAUCCAGUAAAGUAAGAUCCCUGUCCAAAAUAUAUUUUUCUUCACAGAAAGGAAAAAGCGGCUUGUAAUUUCCCACAGGUAAACAUCUUUCAGAAGAACUUUGUAGCGUUUGCACAGAUGCCAGCAAACAGUGAGAAGAAGAAACAAACACUUGUUCCUUCAAAAAGCAUAGCCAGUUUUCACCAAUAUAAGAAGGACCAGUUCUGUUUUCUGUUAUUUGCUUUCCAGGAUUGGUGUGAAUCCUCAUAGUUUGUGCCAUGUAGAAACACCUUAUUUCAUGGUUGCCAAAUUCUGGUGGCAUCUGUCAGCUAGUGUCAGUGCAGGGGUGGCAGAUCUGCUCCAUUUUUUAGUCUGAACUUCAAAUAAGGUUCAGCACCUUAGUUUUUUUAAAGUGGAGACUGAAAAGUGAAACAGAUUCUUCCCUUCCCCCACGACAUCAGAGCCAACAUUGCAGGAUUCUCAAAGAAGAUACUGUUAAAUUGUCUAUAUAAAUUUGAGCUUUUUUACAAACAGUGGACUUUGGUUUCAUAUUUAGACAUUUGGAUCUAAUUGGUUUUUGAUUUAGACACCAAGGUCUACAGUACACUUAAGUAUGACUAGGACGAGUUCUGGCUGCUUUUCUUAUCCAGAAUAGCAUAAGUGAAUAUGCAGGUUGUUAGACAUGGGGACUAACAGUGCUGAAUGUGUAUGGGGAAAUGCUCCUGAUUGUGGGAGUGUUCUUGCACUGCCUUUGAACAGAUACUCAUGGGCAUCAGCAUAUGGAUACUUCUUUAUCAUUCUAGAUAGUGUUUGAUAGAACUCCUGGGAGAGGUCUGGAUAAGUUAUUGUUUUAGAGUACAGAACUAUCUUACAUGGAUGAUCAGUGGGAUUCUGGAAGAGUAACAUUUCCAAUUUCAGCAUCAUGAGAUUUGUGGCACCUACAUCUGUUUUUUUAAAGCUUCCCUUGAAAUAGCUUAGCUCCAAGGAGAAUUCUGUCACAAAAAGUUCCCUAUAGUUUUUAAAAAGACCUUAUCGCAUAUUUCUUUCAGCAAUAGGAAUUCAAGCCAUGGCCUGACUCCCCUUUCAUUGCAGCCUUUCCAUGUGCUGCGUGAAAGGCACACACCGCCUUCCCUGGCCCCAUAACUUUUGGCUUCGGACUGGGUGCCUCUUCAAUCCGCCUCCCCAGCAUCUCAGCCAAUAUAUCAGUCAAGACCCUCUUAAAAGUGCUUGUUGAGCUGCACUUCAUAUCAACUUAGGGGCAUGAUGACCAUUAUAUUAUAUAAAUAUAACCAAUUCGUGUUUGUUUAUCUACCUCUUAGCACCAAUAGAUUAAAUAAAUAAAAAAAUAAAAUAACUAGGUAGUGAUAAUACAACAUGCUGUGUAGCGUAGGGAGAAAAAUACUGCCCCCCCUUCCCCAAAGAAAAUUGUUCUGCUUCAUUUUUUCCUUUUAAAAUAAGAAAAUAGAAACUAUGGGCUCUCCCUGCAUUUUAAAGCAGAUUUGGUGAAUUGUAGAGGGUUUAGAGAGGCAAGCUUUAUCUGCAUUUCAGGUCAAGGGGACUGCAUGCUGUGCUGACUGAGCCAGUAUGGCCCACAUGCGCCAACAUGGCUCAGUGGAGGCAUAGCUGGGCAAAACCAAAUUCAGGUUCCUGGGUAAGUUGUUGGGUCCUGAUCCCAAGAGCAAUGGGAGAAAUUCGUGGCUGCGUGUCUACCCGUCUUCCAGUAAGAUGGUAUUGAAGUGAUACAUGCAGAAAUGAGUAGAUAUCCCCGUUGUUGGAACUGGGUACUGUAGGUCAUCAACUUGCAAGUAAGAUUGUGUUUGCCGGCACUCUUCCCCAGCCUCAGUGCUUCAAGUCUAUAAAAUUGGACUAAAUCAACUCAUGUUAUCCUGUCAAGCUCUUAGGAGGACACAGAUAAGGGGGAAUGGAAUGGAGUUUACAUGUUGAGAGCACCAUAGAAACCAUUCAUGGCUAUAUGCCGCUGCCCCCAAACUGUUGGAAUAACUACUUGUGUUCCCCUAAACCCUCCCACCACUCCUCUACAAGUUGAUUGACCCUGAUUUUUAAAAUGUUUGUUAGUUUAUAAGAGCUCUCAGAUUUCAACUGUUCUCUUCUCUUCUAUGACAGUUUUUUUAAUUGCACCAUAUUUGUUUCUUCCCCGACCCCAAUACCCUCAGAAUUCACGAUUCCCAUUUUCUUUCCACAUUCUUGGCAUACAUCCUGAUGGAGAGUCCUAUUUACCAGCAAUUGAUUGAAUUGUGCCUUAAGAACCACAAGUGGAUAGUCUUUUGUAAAUCUUGUAUCUCCCUCCAUUGAGGGUGUUGAACAACUGCAUCAUCAUAUUUUUAAAUAUUAAACAUAAAUUACCUUGAUGUAUCGCUAUCAACGGUUAAUCAAAACAAGCUGAACCAAGACAGAAUGGGGGAAGAAUGAGAAAGAUUGCCUUUUUGUUGGAGGAGAAAUCUUGUACUGAGUAUUUUGGGUCAAACUUUAGCUAACCAAGUGAGAAUUGUCACAAUGAGGUUUGUUUGGUGUUCCCUGUGGCUUGCCAUCAUUAUCUGGUAUACGGCCCCUGAACAUAGAGGCUUAAUCCAGUUAUUGCUAAUAGUUACUGUGACAUACCUAUUUUCUGUGCAUUUUGGCAAUGUCUCUUGAAACCCAACUCAGGCAAGUUAAACAAGAACAACUCCCAGUUCAAUUGUGGAUGAUCUUAUAUUGAACUGUUUUGCUACUUGGGUGUAGGUUCUGAUUAUCUUCUGUCGCAGCAAUCAAUUGUUAUCAUCUUAUUGGACAAAUCAUGUUUAUUUUAAAAAUUACACCCUUCUGUGAAUUUGGACAAGAAAUCUAUCUGCUAUGCUAUACUGCAGUGACUUCAAGAAAUAUGUCAAAUUGUUUUCUCCUUUCUGUUGGAUGCAAUUGAAAUCAUUGUGAGUUCAGCACCUGUCUCUGAUAGGCUGUACUCUUUGACAAUUUUCUUUGAUCAACUGUAAAAGAAUGUUUUUUCAGAGAAAAACUUUUCUCCCUUUAAUUUCCAUUUCUAAUCUCUGUUCUUUGACCCCUUGUUUUUUUGUUUUUGCAUGAGGCAGGUUAAGUUGGCUCAGAUCCAAAGUUGUGAUUACAGAUGGACACUGACUCCAUUUUAAUCUUCCAGCUUGAUAUUUGCCACAAACUGCUUUACUCCACUGUUUCAUUUUUUUAAAAUAAAAGAAGAAAAAAUGCCAA